CAGGACUAUAAUUUUAACCAGGAAAGACAAGAUUAUAUUCUUCUGCUCUUAUUGUCCUAUCCUUUGCCUUCCUAGUUCCGCCCGGCCGGACUGAACAAUGCAACCUCUUUGUCGAACCUGUGUCUUAUUUGUAACCUGCAUAAAUAGUAAUCUUCUUAUUGACAAUUCUCGUUGGAGGAUCUUAUUGGUUAAGGGAACUGUUAUUGCCCUCAAAUUUAUACUUUCGUUAUGACUGUUGAAACAGUUACAAAAUUAGAACAGAGAGAAAAAAUAAUUAAAAAAACCAAGAAAUGGUUAAACGAACGAUUGGGGAAUGAUGUUGAUAAUCUAAUGCUUGUUAAUGAAAUUUAUGAAGAUUGGUCAAAAAAAAAAAAUCAGCUUGAGCGUUCGCUGGCUUCUGUUAGUUCUGAGGUCCCCUCCAAAGUGUCAGAUGCUGCUCGAAAUGUUGAUGAUGCCUGCAUUUUUAUUAAUAAAACAUUGGCAGAAAUUGAUGGUAUGCUCGAAAAAAUUAAGAACCAAACAGUGUGUUCUGAAAAAUUGUAUUGGAACCUUAAGGAAUAUUUUGACAAAAUCAAUGAACUUGACAGAUUUUUAUCAUAUCUUAAGGUUCUUAAAACAGCACAGGAAGCAAGUAAUAGUCUAAAGAGUAAUUUAUCCACUCAAGAUGUAGAUAAAUCAAUAUUCGAAUAUAAUUUGUUGUGCAAUACUUCUCUCAGCCUAAUGGAUUCUAAAUGCACACAUUUAAAAGACUUUCUGUUUCAAACUACUAAAUAUUGGAAUGGGAUUUUAAAAGAAAUCAUAUCUAAUGAAUUCACCAAUAUAAUGAAAUCAGUUAACUGGCCGAUAGUGGGUACCAAUCUGGCUUCAUCACCUUCAACUGAUGCAUUAACUCGCUUCCAAAAUUGUGUGGGCCAUCUAUUGAAAAUUCAGUUACCUGCAGAGCUGAAAGACAAGCCUGUAGUGAGUUCCAGUUUGCAAGUUUCUUUUCCAAGUCUGACAUUGCCAAUAAUACAACUUCUAAUACCUUUGAGAAAAAGGUUCUUGUACCAUUUUACUGGCUCUCGACAGACAAAUAGGAUUGAUAAACCAGAGUGGUAUUUUACUCAGAUUUUAUCAUGGAUUAGAGAUCAUGAAAAUUUCCUUCAGACUUGGGUUCAACCAAUUUAUAAUGACUUGAAUGUCGACAAAGUUGUUGUGGUUGAAUUCAUGUGUGGAUUGGUACAGAUGAGUGUUGAGAAACUUCAAUGCGAUUUAGAGGAAGUUCAGUACGAUGAUACCCUUUUCUCACACACUGUGGAUGAGGCUCUUGGCUAUGAAAGAGAACUGAGACAAGUCCAUUCUUAUCCAUUAUCCCUUCCUGGACCACUUCAUGUAUUGACACAGGCUCAGCUUUUUGUUAAGUGGAUCAGGAUGGAAAAAAAGUUUGCUAGAGAGAAAAUGGAUGCAAUGCUUAUAUCUGACAGUGCAUGGUACACUUUAAGUGGACUGGACGAUGAAAAAACAACAGAAGUUGCUCACACGUUUCUUGCUCUAAUUAGCACCAUGACAGAUAGAUAUUCUUUGUUACCACAACCAGGCCAUAGGCUGCAAUUUGUCGAAUUGGAGCUUGAAUUAAUAGAUGACUUAAGAGUAUCUUUAUUGCAAAUAUUACAUUUAGAAAGAGCUGACCCAAUCAAUUCAAAGGUUCCUGCAAUUUUAAAUACAGUCCACCACCUUAAAACAGCCUUAGAACAAUAUGAUGUCAGCCCAACAGUGUUGUUAUUACAACACUACAAAAGUCAGUAUAGUACCAAUGAAAAUGAUGGAGGUAUAUUCCAUGAAACGAUUACACUUUUAGAGAGGCUUCAGGUCCAGCUUCUUGAAGAGCUCAGCGCAGCAGUAUUGAUGGAAGUGAAAGCUAGAAGUAGGCCUUAUAGAAAAUUUAGGUGGUUUUCACUGACAGAUGAUGAUUUUGAUGGAACAAGUGUGACUCAGGAGGCUUGUCCUAUGUUCCAAGCUCUUGCAGACAACUUACACAAACUUCAUGAAUCGCUUUCAGAAAAAAUGUUUGGGUCGUUAUGGAGAAUGGUUUCAUCACAACUGAAUAAUUUUUUAUAUGAAGAAUUAAUUCUCAACAAUACUUUUUCCAUCACUGGAGGUCGAGUUUUGGAAAAAGAUAUUAUGAAAUUCCUUAUUCCAUUGUUUCAACAGUAUACAUCAGCUCCGAUUCCAUAUUUCUUCCCAAUCAAAGAAGCUUGUAAUCUACUUUCCUUACCCAGUUUACCAAUUGCUGUAAAAAAGGCUGUACUUACUGAAAACCUUCAUGAAAUGAAAUUCGGCCUGUCUGAAAAAAUAAAACAUUUGAAUUUAGAACAAGCCGCAGCUGUCUUGAGCCACAGGAUCGAUGUCGCUCCUUCUCUUAUUUAAUAUUACCUGUGAUUGAUUAAGUCCUAUUAUGUUUAUUAUUAUUGUUUAAUUGAUUUUAUUUAUUAAACACUUUAUAUUUUCUUAGAUUUUAUAUUAAGAGUUUAUAUUUUCAAUAAAAUGUUUUCUGUUAUUUUUGUCCUGUUUUGUUUUAUUAUAAUUAUUCCAUUUUAUCUUAUGUUAGAACAUCCAUUUUAUCUUACAAAACGUGACUAUUUCAUGCCCAAUACUACAAGGCCAAGUGCAUCUUGUUUAUUAAAUAACAUUUGAAGUUUGUAUGAAAAAAAAUUGGACUAAUCAUUAAAAAUAAAACACGGGACAGUGAUCACAGUUAAAUACUGUACAUUUUUUAUGGGCACAAAGUAAUGUAUAAUUUGUAAUACUGCACCAUAUACAAUAUUUUAAGUUCUUUCU